CGGGCCAGUCCUCAGAGAGCCGCCCGCCACCUCAGCGCGCCGCGCGUCAUGCCACAACACCGCCGCACCCGCAGCAGCGGCCGCCUCUGAAGCGCAUACCGACAGCAGGUACCGACCACUGUGCUCUACCAGCCACCGGCCGAACUGACAGACGUCUGAAGGCUCACCCCUGACCGCCGCAACAAACUCGACUCAGCUCUCUGCACGGUCGGGGUCGGCGGGCCGCCAAGCCGCCAGCAUGGGCUGCUUCGGGAGCAAGGACAAGCUGUCCAAGGAGGACAUGGACUUCCUCAAGUCGCACACGCGUUACGACGAGGCCACCAUCAAAGAGUGGUACAAGGGCUUCAAGCAAGACUGCCCCAACGGCCGCCUGACGCCGGCUAAGUUCGUCGACAUGUACAAGAUGUUCUUCCCGAGCGGCAACGCCGAGGAGUUCUGCGACCAUGUCUUCCGGACAUUCGACAUGGACAAGAACGGCUACAUCGACUUCAAGGAGUUCCUCUUGGCCAUAGAUGUCACAUCUUCUGGCACACCAGAGGAAAAAUUGAAGUGGGCGUUUAGGAUGUAUGAUGUUGAUGGCAACGGUGUAAUCGACAUUCAAGAAAUGACCAAAAUAGUGCAGGCGAUCUAUGACAUGCUAGGUGCCUGCUCUUCUAACAGACCAGCUGACUCGGCUGAGGAACGAGCUAAAAAUAUAUUUGCCAAAAUGGAUGAGAACAACGAUGGACAGUUGACUCAAGAGGAAUUCCUCAAGGGUUGUCUCCAAGAUGAGGAACUUUCUAAAAUGCUUGCACCAUAAUGAGUGAAGAAGUUGCAUCUCAUUUCAAUGAACAUUAUUGUCAUGUCUUCUCUUUUUAUGAUAUUAAUAUAAGAACGAGAUUUCUUUUGAUCAUGUACAUCUCUAAGUGAGGCUAGUCAUUCACUGCUUAAAGCAUAAUUGUUGUGAUAGACUGAUAUGCCUCACAGUAACAGAAACAGAGUGAUGUGUUAUAACAGCGUGACACGGGCUAUAACUCACAUUCCAUGUUACUACUUGAAAUGAAUCAGAAAAUAUUUUCUACCACUUUUAUCCUACAUUCCUUCAGCAUUUCCACUGUAUGUUAUUGAAAUAUAACAGUGGUAGAUGUCAAGGGCUAUAGAUAUCAUCUGAUUUCCAUUUUCUUUGUGAAAUUGUGACAUUAAUUUGUUGUUAUAUUAAUAUGUAAGACUCCAUCUCUUCAGCUGGUAACAUAAUGUGGUUGUUAUUUAUUGUACUUUUAAGUUAAUUUUUGAACUACUGUGAAAGUAUUGCAAAGUUUUUAAGAGUCUUUAAAAGAAGAGAAGGUUGAGUCUUAUUUGCUCAUGUCUAAAGAAACGUAACUGCAUUUCUAUGCUUGACCCCAGGUUAACAAUAGUAUAGACAUGUAUAUGUGUAGUAGGAACUUCAUUAUCAUUUUGCUGCUAAUACCCUAUUGCUGGAUGAUAUUUGUGUUGUGCAACAUUUACAUCUUUUUGCAACACUGCAGUUGAUUAAAAUAACAAGGAAACUUAUUACUAAUUAUUUAUUGGUGUCAUUACAUUGAAUUAAUAGUCAAGUGAUUUUUCUGAAUAAUUUUUUUAAUAACUGAUGGCUAUUUUUUGAAAUUUAAAAUAACAAGGAAAUUGCUUACAAAUUAUUUAUUUAUGUCACUUCAUUGACUUAAUUGGCAAAUUAUUUUUCUGAGUGGGUUUUUAGUAACUGAUGAAUAUUUUUUGAAAUUUACUUUAGGUGGCAUGCUUUUCUUUUGGUCUCUCUCUGGCAACUGUGUAACAUACCCACCAGCAGUAUUUCAUUGGAGGUGAUAAAAUAUCACAAAGCAGUUAAUAGAAAGUUGUUAAAUAUGGGUGUGUAAUUACAUUUCCAGAAUUUGUAGAUUCCUUCUUUGUAGCAGGAACCAGAUAUAUGAUCAGCUCUGUGUCUUUUAGAGAUACUGUCACUGCCAGUGUUCCAGAUUACAUUAUGCCUCCAUAAUCUUUGCUCCUUGUCUUCUGUAAGUGCUUUCUUCACCUGUGAACACAGUCUAAGUUGAGACUGUAGUUCUCAAACAUUCAGCAAGUUAAAUUCAUUCUGGCAUGUGGAGUGAAUAGUAAGCUGUUCCAUGCCACUGCCUGUUUUUUCUAUUUUUCAGCAAUACUGUUUAGAGCAAACUAAGUGUUUGUCACAGAUCUUGCACUUAGAGUGAAAUCUGUCAGAAAUUCAUAAUCUACCUAUUGUUAUCUGGACAUUAUGUUCUUUGCUGUAUAUUUAUGGCCAGAUUGUAUAGAUGAUGUGCCCAUUGCCCAUUCACUAAUUUGUAACAUGUUGUGUGCUGCUGAAAGCUAUUAGUUUGCAUGUUUCAUAGCAAUAGAUUUACUGCAUUGAAGAAAAAAAAGACAGUUCCUCCCCACUCUGCACAUUUCAUAGUUAUAAGAAAUGUUAUUUUCUCAUUUCCAUAUGUCAGACUUAACUAUUUUUGAAAUGACAUUGAAAAGCUUAUAGAUACUGGCAACUUAAAGAUCAGCUUUCAAUGUUUAUUAUGCUGUAUUUAUUUUUCCUUCUUUUCUUAUUUUUGUUUUGUUGUUUGUGUAUUCCUUCAUUCUCUCUUUGUUCUUGCUCCUUAAAAACUAAUCUUUUCACAUGACAUCAUAUACUGAAAUGCUGUGAUAAUAUGUAUUCUGGAUGUAUGUAAAUUUUAUACUUGAAAACUGCCACUCUGUGAAUAUGUUUGUACAUCUCUCAUAUUAGAUGCAGCUUAUUUUGUGAUGAUUCAUCAACUUACUCAUGAAAUCACUCUACUAUUGUAGAAACUCUGCAUAUUUUUUCAUUGAAGUUAUUCACUGAACAAGUCACAUUGCUGGUGUUUAACUGUAAUCAGUGGAAUGAAGGUAUUCUGAAAAAAGUAACUUAAAAAAUGUUGCCCUUAUACUCUCCUUCUUGUGGUACACUCCUGAAGUGUAAUAUUUAUGAAAUAUUUGUACUUCGAUAUGCUCAUUCAAGUACCGAUCUGAAUGUCUUAGCUGACAAAGAUUAGUUGUGAUGACAGCUCCUGAAAUAACAUUUGAAUUUAGUUCAUCAGAUCAGUGAUAAACUGUCACUUUGCCCCAGGCCUUUUCUAACACCUUCCUUAUCAUUCUUCUACAUUGGAUCACCAAAAGUGGAAAUAUAAUAAACUUACAUUUGAAGUACUAAGCUAGCUUAUCCAUACCGUACACUUUGCAAGUAUCAGAUUACUAACAAGCUGCAAAAUUUAUUUCCACUUUAAAAAAUGAAUCAUGUUCAGUCCUUUCAUCAUAAGUCAGUUGGAAAUACCUUUCUUCGUGAAUGCAUUAUUGCAAGAUAUGGUAGGAGCUUUGUCUCAGUGAUAUUUUUGUGUCAUCUUAUCUUCAAAAUUUUUAAUGUGUUUUUCUCUAUAUUUUCUCAUAUGGAUUAACAGUGGUACAGAUUGUAUACAAGAGCUGUAUUUUCAUGAAAGGGGUUUAAUGAUACAGUUUUAAAAAUAUAUCAUUCAUCAGUGUGGCAGUUGUAUACAUAUAGCAAUGCUUUUUCAUUAGUGUUAUGUAGUAGGCUUGUCCUUUUAACAUUUUAAUCAUCUUUAACCUUUGUGUAAUAAUUUAUGUAAAAAAACACAAUUUGCUUGAAACCAGGCCUUAAAAUGCAAAGUCAAUACAGUGUGUGUGUGUGUGUGUGUGUGUGUGUGUGUGUGUGUGUGUGUUGUGAAAGAGAGAGAGAGAGAGAGAGAGAGAGAGAGAGAGGUAAUGGAAGAGGGAACUCUGAGGUUCAGGUUUCAUAAUAUUGUGUGCUGUAAAGUGUAGACCGUUAUAAUGUAAUUGUGAAAUAGAACUUGUUAUUCAUUACAUCUGCCUCAAAGUGUGGGGAACAUUUGACUGAAAAGUAAGAGACCAAAUUAUUUGUUCAAAACACAAUUUUUGUUUCAUUCAAUGGUGCAUUUAAUUUGAAACAAGCUGAACUGUAUGGGCAUAAACAUUUCAAAUACAUUAUAUGGUGGUAAUGAAGAAACUGUUUUGUGGACAUUUACAUUUAAACUACAAGCCUUCAGUUUUUGCCAUAUUUUGUAAUUUUAAAAUAUUGGGAACAAGUCUCUUAAAGCAAUGAUGCCUUUCCCCUUCUAUUAUGUAUGUUAUAUAAAUAUCAGGAAAUGUCAAUCAGAUAUUUUCCAUGUUAAAGAGAUGAAAUCUUGAUGUGUUAAUGUAAUCCAAUUGAUAGGUAUAUUCUUCUCCUAGACAAUUAAUGAUCAUAUAUGAAGUUUCAGCAUGACAUAAAUUUAAUACUUGUUGAUUUAUGAUGAAACACGCGUUUAAUGUUGCUGUCUUCUUGUUUCAGUGAGUCUUGAUAUUUUAAAGACUAAAUGAAUUAGGAAAGGAAGUGACAUAGAAGUGUAUGUGUAGCACAAUUUAUUGUGUUGAUAUGACUUUCUUUGUUAUGGCAAAACCUACUCUGAACUUAUAUCUCUUUCAUAUGCUUGAUGUUUCAUGUACAGAUCUAAUUUACUGCCAAGAAAAUGGUAUGUUAUGUAGCUGAUAAAGAGCUGGAAUUAACAUUAAUUACUAUGUAAAAUAAUAUUAUUUGACAGAAUGUAUGAGGAUAAGCCAUUUAUACUGUCCAUGCACAAUUUAUAUUUUUGUACUCUCUCUGCACAUGCUGUUGUAAUACAGCAUUCUAACAAUGAUGAAAUCCCUGCAUCACUUUCAGUAUUUAUAAAUCUUUUUUUUAAAACACUGAUGAGAUGUGUGUGCUGUAGAUAAAUCAUAGCUACCUUUAAUAUGAGUUUUGCAUAUAAGUUGUACUAUUGCUAUCAAUUUGUCAUUGCUAUGCUUUGUUUUUUAUUGUACCAGAUGUAUGAGGUUCCAUCAGCAAUUCUCAAUAGCAGUUUGAAGGUGAAUUCUCAAAGAGCUAUAAAUUUGUGCUACUUGUUAUAUAUUACAUCAAUGUUGUUCCCUGGGAAUUGCCUUUAAACUUUUAUUUCAUUGUGUAGUAUUGGUAGGAUUGAUACCAUUAUUUAACUUGAUGGUAGUGCAAUCUGCAUUCUGCAAUUCGUUAUAAGAACAUAGGAUGCUACGAAAAGUCAAUUUUAUAGUGCACUGUAUGGUGUAUGUAGUUUGAGACGUGGAAGUGUUGUCUGGAAUCUCAUAUUUCUGACAAAACUGUAAUUUCUUACUGUAUGUCAUGAAAGUUGGGCACAGAUAUUAAAUCUUACAUAAAUAGCAUUGA